UGAUGUGUUAAACGGCUAACGGGGGAUUUAUUCAGAGGCAGGUCUGUGUCUAGUUUCUAGAACCUUCUCUCCCCUCUCCGAACUCAAUCCGCCGUUGAUCCCAAUUGGUUUAGAUCGUAUCUUCAACCCUCCCCUUCCCGAGGAGAGAUCAUCCACCUGAAAACCAAUGUGAUCGUCGAUCCUCUCCUUUUCAACCCUGCUUUGCAUCAGAGCAAGGAGAUUGCAUUCAUCGCGUUGCGGUUUUCGUGUUCCUCUGUUGGAUCAUCACUCUAUUUGAUGUGAAAUGGACGGUAUUCAUGCGAGCGAUGGACGGAUGCAUAUGAACCAUGCACAGCAUUCGAUGCACACGCAAUCUGUGCAAGAGCAGGAACAUCAUGACUUUCAUUACACGAGUAAUGGGAAUGCAUUGGCUGAUGAGCAUGAAAAUGAAGGUCAUGGCAUUAUGGUUGUGGAAAGGGAAGCUCCAUCCGACCAUGGCGACCUUGCUGAGAAUCGUGGUGUAAUGGUGGAUCGUGGAGGUGAUAACUGUGAUCAACUCACCCUGUCUUAUCAGGGACAAGUUUAUGUUUUCGACACUGUCUCGCCCGAAAAGGUUCAAGCCGUGUUAUUAUUAUUGGGAGGUCGUGAAGUACCUAUUCGUGUUCCCUCUAUACCAAUAACUAAUCAACAAAAUGAUAGGCAUCUCACUGAUGAAGCGUUUAACCAGGCACUUGCCAAUAUCCCCCCACGUCUAAGUGUCCCUCAGAGAUUAGCGUCUUUGAUUAGAUUUCGUGAAAAGCGAAAGGAACGUAAUUUUGACAAGAAAAUUCGGUAUACAGUUCGUAAAGAGGUAGCACUUAGGAUGCAACGGAAUAAAGGCCAGUUCACAUCCUCUAAACCAACUCAUGAAGAUUCAUCAUUGGCCAUAACAAGUUGGGAAUCAAAUGAGAAUUGGGCUACCGAUGGAAAUGGUUCCCAACAACAAGAAAUUCUCUGCCGACAUUGUGGCAUUAGUGAGAAGUCAACACCAAUGAUGCGACGUGGACCUGAUGGGCCAAGAACCCUUUGCAAUGCUUGCGGACUCAUGUGGGCAAACAAGGGAACUCUGCGGGACCUCUCAAAAGCACCAAACCAGAGUGGACAAGCUUCAUCAUUCAAUAGAAAUGAGAAUGUCGUGCAGAAUGGAGAUUCGGAGUCCAACCCAAAAGGUGCUUAGAAUUGAGACAGAUGUUUAUGAUUGCUGUUGCGGAAAUUAUACUGAGCUUAAUCUCUCCUUACAGAGUAGUUUGAAACGGGUUAGUCUGAUGGCUAAGAAUCAGGAUUCACACCCGCGACAGAGAGACCCUUAUAGAUUCUAUUCUGGCCAAUUCAUCUUGGAAACAAGGGUACCGUGCACGUGCACUAAUUUUAUUAGCUUUUCCUAUCAUAUUCUGAACCAUUUUCCAAAUGUCAAUUCCCAGAAUCUUGUAAAUUAUCAUUUGCUGCUGAUGAUGUACAAUGGACGGUUUUUUCUUAAUCCAUCUUACUUUUGUCCA